AUGGAGGCAGAUGUAGAGGCCGAGGGUGGCGUGGGAUCGCUAGACCUAAGCUAUUUGACAGAGGAGGAGCAGGACAACAUCUUGCAGGUGCUGCGGCGAGACAUGGAGCUGCGACAACAUGAAGAAGGGCGCAUAAGGAUGCUGGCGCGGUCUAGAGUCGACCCGGCGCAGCUGCACUCGCAGUCUGGGGCGUGGUUCCGUGAGGCGUCCAGCAGGCGGCACCGAAAUAGAGUAUCCGGCACGGAGCUGGUGCGUGCCACCAUACGACGGCGAGAGCCCAAGGCCAAGGUAACAGCGGCUUCAGUGGUCAGCAUGCAAAAUGGCGAAGGUGAGGUGGAGGAGGAGGAUGAACCAUCCAGCAGCCCUUCUUUGCAGGUGGCGGAGGAGACGCGAUUGAUUGAGUCGAGAGAGGACAGCCCACAGUCAGAAGUCCAUCCACAUAACAAGAGGGAGUCUGUGUCUCUGGGCAGUAUCCUAACAGACCAGGAACCUUCAUCUUUGCAAAAAAACCCUCAUUUCCACUCCAGCUAUUCGCUUAGUGGCGGCAUGAUGAGCCUGUUCAGCUCGGGGGUGUUUGGAGUGGUGGAGGUGCGUGGCCGCGUCCAGUUCUCCCUGGCCUAUGACCGCCACAAGGGAGAGCUAUGCGUCAAAGUGCACCGCUGCGAGGACAUCUCGGCGGCUACUGACGACAACCGUUCUGACCCAUACGUCAAAUGCUACCUGCUGCCCGACAUGUCUAGUCGCGGUAAGAGGAAAACGGCAGUGAAGAAGCGGACGCAGAACCCUGUUUUCGAGCAGACGCUGAAAUACAAAGUGCGCGAAAACGAGUUGAAAAGCCGGACAUUGAAUCUGUCGGUGUGGCACUCGGAGCCCCUGGCCAGGAAUGUGUUUCUGGGCGAGGCGGAGGUGGUGCUGGGCCUCUGGGACUGGGAUUUCAUGCAGCCGCUUUGGCAAGACCUGCAGCCACGGUUCUACUUGAGGCCAGACAGCGUGAGGAGUCGUGGGACUCUGUUGUUCUCCAUCAAGUUCAUCCCAGAGGAAUUUGAGGGUGGUCUGCCCCUCACGGGGGAGCUUCACAUUUGGCUUCAAGAGGCUCAGGGCCUGAUGUCCAAAAAAGGGGGCGCUCUUGACUCAUUUGUGAGAAGUUACAUCCUUCCGGACGUCGGCUGCCAGAGCGGCCAGAAGACACAGGUGGUAAAGCGCUCCGUGAGCCCGUCGUACAACCACACCAUGGUGUACGACGGUUUCCAGAGCAGCGACCUGGAGGAGGCUUGCGCCGAGCUGAGCGUGUGGCAGCGCGAGGGCUUCAAGGUGCACAUGAUCGGCGGGAUUCGCCUCAGCUGCGGGACAGGUCAAAGUUACGGCGAAAAGGUCAAGUGGAUGGACUCCACGGAUGAAGAAAUCUCUGUGUGGACUUCUAUGAUCAGAAACCCUAACCACUGGAUCGAAGCCGCGCUGCCCAUCAGGACAAACUUGACGCAUCGCCCCACCAAUUGA